UCUUCGCCGAACUAUCCACAUUGCUUCGCUGCCACUGAAUCGUGCCAAAGCCAUGUCGCUCUUCAGUGGAGAUAACGAGAUUGGAAACAUUCUGCAGCAGGCAGUCAAGCUCAAAUCUCAUCAGAUGAACGAGAAGCGGAAGACCUACGAGACCUGGCCAUUCUUCGUUCAGCACACCCUCUUCCACGGCGAAAAGGAUGAUUUCAAGGUUUGGCGGCAGCUGCCCUUCGACGAGAAGCGCGUGCACUGCGAAAGGUUGAAGGAGGAGGGCAACGUGCUGUUCAAGCAGGGCUCGUGGAUGGAUGCCAUCGAAAAAUAUGAGGAGGCUGCAACUUUGGUACACUACUGCUACAGUACUGACCCUGGCUGGCGGAAGAAUCAACGAGGGAUUGAUGACGACGUUCUGGUUCUAGUUGAUGAUGUGGGCUGCACGGAAGAGGAUGCCAAAUGGCAACGGAAGCAUCGUGCUUUGUGUGCUUUGAAUUUGGCGGCAUGCAAGCAGAAGUUGGACAAGUUUGAUGAGGCCAUCAAAGCCUGCGAUGCAGCUCUCGAGUCCGGAGCUAAAAAAACUGCUGGAGAUUUUUUCGAAUGA